AUGAACAACAGCCUCGGUCCUCUAAUGUUGCAGGUCAAGUCGGAAUCGAUUCAGUCUCAAAAUGGACCUGACUGCUGGUUUUCGCCCUGGAGCCUUCCAGGGGGUGGCGCUGCCGACACAAUCGGCGAGUCGCCCUCCUCUCCCCUCACUCAGACACUCCCGAGCCCUCAGUCAAGCAUAUCCCCCGCAAGCACGGCCUCCUUGGGACGAUCUCGCGUUAUCACCGAACAAGAAUGGGAGGCUCGAAAGCCAGACAUCGAGAAGUUAUACAUGAGAGACUGCCUCUCGAGACAGGCCACCGAGCGCAUUAUGGCCGAGCAAUACCAAUUCUUCGCGAGUUCAAGGCAGUACAAGGGACGAUUCCAGAAAUGGAAGUGGAGGAAAAACAACACCAAAGCCGUUCAACAGGAUGUACUCGCUGGCAGAUCCUUCACAAUCUCAAACGGGCCAACGUCGCGAAGACAUGGCCGAUCACAGUCGAAAAUCAAGAAGGUCACUGAGGCAAUUCCAUCGCCAAUGCCUAAUGGACAACUUGAACUCUCCGCUACACUUCUACAAUGUAUGAGAGACCUCAUUCACAGAUCUUGGAAAGAAGACGCAGUGUGGACACAGCCGAACCGUCUUGGACGUCUGCCGGUUUACGGACAUGAGCUCACGUCCAGGGUCGCCGUGGGACUGGAGCACCUCGCUGUUCAAGAUACUCUAAAUGGGUUUUCCGCAAUUAGACACAUGUUCCGGGGCCUCGACGAUCUUGUCAAGAAGAGCGACAUCACUAUCUACGCCACCUUGCUUCUAGACAUCCCAAUCACAUUCUACGAGUUCAAGGACGAGCCCUUGGACGAACGCCGUUUGCUCAACAUCUACUUCCUCUACCUCCAAUGUUUACUCAGGCACUACGGCAAAGGAGGCAGUCCCAUCGCAGACGCCGCGCAUGCUAUGGCUCAGCUUAUAGACAAAUACUACGAUGAGGCUCAGGCCUUUUUGCCUCAACUGUACAGAGUUGUAGCUGACAGCUACCGAGAUGUUCAGGGUUGCGAUACAUUCGAUAACAUUGAGAGGCGCAUUGAGGCUGUGAAAGCUGUUGGCGGCACUUCCAAUGCAGCGGAAACGGAGAACAUCAUCAUUGCCUUGGAUAACAUGCAGUUUCUCGCCGCCACAAAUCAAGGUUCGCUCCAGUCGCCCAACAUGAUCGAGUACGAACUCUGGAAGAUUGAACUUCUGCGGUCUAUCGAACCUGGCGGCAAAUUUGUGGAUCGCUGCAACAGACUGCUGAAUCGCAUCAAGUCAGCUGCUAUCGAUAAGGAGUGGCGUCUUUGGGAAUCCUGGCUGCUGUGGAUUUCUGGAGAGGUCAUAUACGAGCUCUGUAGAUUCUUCGACGACGCUGGGGACGAUGAUGGGUGGGCUGAGAAUCUGGAGAGCUGUAUCUUGCGGUUUAGGUGUGCGAUCACCAAGGAUGACACCUGGGAAGAGCUGCUAGGGCCAAGGGUGAUGAUAUAUCGAGCUCAGUUGGUCAUUUUUUGGACAAAGAGGGGAAAGCUUGAUCGGGCUGAGAGUCACAAACGGUCCAUUGGGAGCUCGGCUUUCUGGGAGGCAGUCUUGAGAGAGGAUUCGGAGGCGAUCGCUGGUCUUUCUUAA